CAUUUAACACACAUUUUGGUCAUUGCAUUGAGCAUUCUGGCUUGUUGUUUUGCUUGCAUGAUUGCUCUUUCUUGUCUGUUUUCUUGCCCAACUUGUGUAUACUGUAGAUGCGACAGCACAUCUCAUUUAUGCAAGCACAUCAUACUGUCAGUGUGUUGAAGUGGUCGCCGGAUCCUGAGCAAGAUGUCGGUGAGCAGCGGAGAAGGGGGCCAGGCGAAGCCUCUGGACGCCCUUCCAAAGGUCUUCGUGGACUCGAUGAGAACGCUGUUUGAUAUCAUGGACGACAAGCGCACCGGCUUCGUGCACUACUCAGACAUUGAACAGCGAUGGAAAGAGGAGGAGGGCGCCAACGUGCCCAAAGGUGUGCUCGAGUGUCUACGCAAGGUGACGCCCGCCAGCGGGAUGCUCUCCUUUGAGCGUUUCGUUGCCGGUCUCAAGAUCUGUCUGCUGCGCAGUCGCGCCGAGGCGCUCAGCCAGCAGCAGCAGCAGCAGCAGCCGUCGCCGCCGUCCCAGCAGCAGUUGCCGCAGCAGUCCCAGCAGCGGCAGCCGCGGCCGCCGUCGGCGCCGGCCCUGGACCAGCUGUCGGGCGGCGCGGCGGCGGCGCCUCCCCCGCCUCCUCCCGCCGCCCGGCCACACUCGGUGAUCGGCCAGCAGCGCACUCUGAGCAUGCCGCAGCUGAGUGGAGCCGCCGGGGGCGACCAGCCGCCGCCCAAACCGCCGCGCGACCGCAGCCGGGACGUCGGCGGUCCGGCCCCGCCGCCGCCGCCGGCACCUUCAGCAGCCAACCUGAGCCGUACCCAGAUCCUGACGGCGCUGCAGCGCUGGCACCGGGAGCGCGUACAGCGGGGCCGCGGUGACGGACGGGAUGUGCUGCCGCCGGCUGACCCGCCCUCCAGCUCUGAGGCCGAGCACGAGGCACCGGCCGCGCCGACAGCCUCCAACCCGGCCCGAAAGACGGCCGGGCAGCGCAAACGGGAGCCGCGCCGACACACACUGCAGAACGGCGUCGAUUAUAACAUGCUGAAGCGUAUGAAGCAGAUGGAGCAGGAGCGCGACACGCUCACCCAGGGUCUGAAGAUGGUGGAGCGCGCGCGCGACUGGUACACCCGCCAGCUGGCGGCCGUCUCUGAGCGCGCCAAGUACCUCGGCCUGGGACGCGCCCACCAGCCCAGUGAGCACACCACAGACGCCAAUGAGGAGCGUCUCAGCUUCCAGACGGCGCGCAUUCACGAGGUGAACCAGCACCUGUCUGCUCUGAUCGACUCAUCCCACCGCGGCUUUCCGCUGCACAUGAACCUGGCACUGAGCCCGGGCCGACCCGCUGCUGCGGCGGCGGCGACGGUGGCAGCGGGCGGGGGAGCACCGGCUCCGUCCGCCACGUCACCGACCACGGAGCGCACCGUGCGCCGACUGCGCGCCCAGAACACCCAGCUGACGGAGGAGGUGGCCCAGAGGUCGGAGCGGAUCACCGCACUGGAGCGGGAGAAGGCCAGCCUGAUCCGCGAGCUGUUCAACGCCCGGUCUGAGCCGCGCCGGCCGCACCCGGAUGAGACCACUUUGAUCUGAUCGAACGGCGACGGUGACGCUUCCUCUGUUUGAACCAGGUGGGCUCUUCGGCUGCUCGCCUGUUUUGCCUUAAGAAUAGAACACCGAUUCGAGAGUAUGGGACGGUGGAUAGAGAGCAGACUAGCUUCGUCGGACCAUAUGCGACUCUGCACUGCUCGCUGCCCAGAUGAACUGUGCAGUCUUCCUUUUACAAGCGAUCCCAGUCUUCCCGUCGCAUUUUGACGCUUUUGAUGUCGCAUACUACCGCCUGCUUUAGAUAACGGCUGAGUUCCAACAGGGUAGAAACACCCAGCGUGAAGGUAAUUAUCAUUGCGGCAUUGAAUCUGAGAGGCAUUUUGUUUGUGGUUUUGUGUAUACGGCCAUGGAGGUUGGGUGUAUUUUCGCCAUGCUGUGAGUGGAUCUUCGUUAACAGAAUGGCUGGGUCUACUAACGAUAACGAUGCUAUUGUGUCUUUUAUACGUCAGCCACCACCAGCGUGUUAGUUUGUCGUCGCUGGAAUCGGGUUGGUGAGGCGUGCCGCGAAUCUCAUUACAAAUGCUGCAGCUGUGUCAAACUAAAAACGACGCGAAACGAUGUGAUUGAUAAGACGUUAGUGAGUAUAUCGUGUAGAAAGUGCCUUUUAUUGUAGAACAGUAGCAUUGGGACAUAAUUGUUCAUAGUAUUUCCGUGCGAUGUCGACAAUCAUAGUGCCACAGAUAGCGGAGGGCUGACCGCAGCUUCCCGCGAUCGCAUUCCAUCAGUCAUGUCUACAUUCCGUCCGGCAUUCCGCCACGUGCCGUAAACCCAUUCCGUCCACUCCGUGCAUGCCCUUUUGGGCUGAAUCGUAUGCUAUUUUUGACAAAUAUACGCAGUGCAAGGUUUUA